AUGAGUGAAUUUUGGCACAAACUGGGGUGCUAUGUGGUAGAGAUGGUAGAGAAACCCCAGCCGAAGGAGAAGACGGAUUUACCGGACCAUGAUGGGGAGCCAAUGAAUUUUAUCCACCUGACUCCCAUCGGCUCUGGGGAGAUAGGGGCUGGAGACGCACUCGCUAUGACAGGUGCAGAUGACAGGUUCAGGAGCAGAUGA